AUGAGUCUCAAAAAUUAAUUAAGAGCUGUAUUUUGUUAAGUACUAAAGGAAAUAGUUAUUCAUCCAAACACAAAUAAAUUCAAGAAUCCUUUGUUGCCAAAUAUAUAUUUGAUCUUUAAACAUCUUUACAAAAUUUUAGAAGUAAUGUCAUAAAAGACUAGUAGGAACAUUUUAAGAAGAAUAAACAAAUUUUAAUUAAAUCAGUAUUUAAUCAUCCAAAACUUAUAGUUCUACUGACAACUUUAGAGGGGCCUUAAUUUUAUCAAAAGAGCAAUUAAUUAAUAUAGAAAAUAUAAAUUCAUAAUUGAUUGGAUUAGUUAAGCAUUCAAGAUAGAGCUGCAUCAAAUAGUAUUUUUUUAUUAGCCUAGAUGAAUGUUUAUUUGGGAUCUAAAGAGUUAAGUAGGAGAAAUUUGGCAUAUACAGAUAUUAAGGCUUUAGUUUAUUUGAUAGUAAUUUAAGCUAAUUGAAUAAUGUUGAAAUUAAUUCAUGCAAUCUUAUUUGUGAUGAUUUGUCAAAUGAAGAGUGGACGAAUGUUAUUUGUAAAGAGAAGCCAUUGUUAAAGGGUCAUGAAAAUGAAGUCUUGGAAGUGUAAUUUAACCGAUGGUUCAUUCAUUGUAUCUAUAGAAGAAAAUGGUAAGAACAUUAAAUUAUGGGAUGCAAACCAAUAUCUAUUCAUCAACUGAUUUAGAAGGUCAUACAGAUAAUGUGAAUUCAAUUACAUUUUCAUCAGACUCUUCAAUGCGGUUAUCACAAAGUCAUGAUUGCACUAUUUUCAGAUGGGAUUUUAAGAAUCCUUAAUACAUUACUAGUUAAAUUCAAGCAAAAAAAAUAUUAUAUUCUUAACAGUGAGGAUAACUUAGGAUAAAAAAAAUAGUUUACAACAGUCAAAGCCCUGAAUUUCUAAAUUUUCACUUUACAUAUCAACAGUAGCAUGGAAGAAUGCAUUUAUCAAAUUCUUAGUAGUCGAAUUUAAAUUUUUUUAUUAAAUCCCACAAAAGCAACAGUUGUGUUGCUUGAAGAAAGGAAUAUUUUUUUGAAAAUGUAUAUAAUAGAAUUUAUAGACAUUGUCAAAUCAUUAUAAUCAUCAUAAAGUUUUGAAUAUUGUUAGUCUCAACUUACAGUAAAAGGAAUUUUGAAUCAAGUUUAGUAUUUAGUGAUAAUGGGAGAUAUUUUGGCAUUUUAUCUGAAAAUUAAGCAAUAUUUUUGA